AAGAGUUAAAGGAGUCCUGCCAUCGUUGUUCCGAGGAGAAAGGGAUGUUUGAUUUAACUACUACACUGGUGUGGAGCUGGAGCUACCACAGAAGACUCAAACGUCUGAACAAAAGUCCAAAGAUCCUCAGAGUUGAACCAACCCUCCACGACAACACGGCGCACUGCUCCUUUAAGGACAGUAACAUUAAUAUAUCACAGUCCUUUAAGUUUUCAUUGUUGUCCUUUCAUCUCUGCCACAGUUUCUCUGUGAAUGUGUGCGAAUAUAAUCACGUUUGUUAUCGAGGAGAAAACAGCUUCGCGUUUUGAAAACUUUGAGUCACUCUACUUGCCGUAGUCAGCCGGCUACGUUGGCAGCAACAUGGCGUCGUCGGAUGUCAACGUUCGGAUCUGUGAACAAGAAAUCCUGAAAUAUGACCUGGAAAUCAAAGCUCUGAUUCAGGACAUCAGUGAGUGCACUGGACCUCAGAGCACGCUGACCGAUCUGAACGCUGACGUGAAGAAGAACUUCCACAGCCUCAGAUCCAGGAUCCAGGAUUUGGAGCAGAUGGCGAUGGAGCAGGACAAGGAGUCGGACAAACAAACGUUGGUCGGUCAGGUGGAAGGACACAGGAAGCAGAUGCUGAGUAACCAGACGGCCUGGAGGAAGGCCAACCUGGCCAGCAAACUGUCCAUGGACAACAUGGACAAACAGUCGCUCUUUAACGGAUCGGACGACGCGGUGAGACAGAGGAAGAUGACCAAAGAAGGUCUGGCCCAGACAACCAGCAACAUCACAGAGAACCUGAUGAACAUCAGCAGGAUGAUGGCCCAGCAGGUCCAGCAGAGUGAGGAGACCAUCACCUCCCUGGCCACCUCCUCCAGGACUGUCCAAGAGACCAAUGAAGAGUUCAAGACCAUGGCGGGAACCAUUCAGCUCGGGAGGAAACUCAUCACCAAGUACAACCGUCGGGAGCUGACUGACAAGCUGCUCAUCUUCCUGGCGUUGGCGCUCUUCCUGGCCACAGUGCUCUACAUCCUGAAGAAAAGACUCUUCCCCUUUAUAUGAUGUCCUGGACUUGACACCCC